UGUACAUGGAGCAGCCAGAGGAGGAAUUUGAUAUGGAGGUCAUCAGCUCUCAACAGCCCAUCUGGACAGUCAAGAUCCGCAGACGUGACUACUGCAAGCCCAGCAGGAGCCCAGGACAGGGCAGCAGCCAGGGGACAAACACAGAGCGGCUGUCCCAGGUGCGGCCCGACCUCAUCAGUGGAGUGUCCAGAGGUGUCCUGAGGAGCAUGCUGGACCGUCUCCAGGCCCACAGGCUUCCUGUGCUGAGCAGCAGGGAGGCUGAAGAGGUCCUGCAGAGGAGCCAGGUGCUGCAGGACCAGGUGAGCUGCCUGGUGGACAUGGUGCACAGGAAGGGAGAUACAGCCUGCAGCAUCAUGCUGGCCCUGCUGGAGGAACUGGACCCCCACCUGCAUGGAGAGCUGCGCCUGUGAGCACCUGCAGGGGGCGCCCCUCUCACUCUGUGCUCAGUGUGUCAGCACCAGGAAAGUGUUUGCAUGUGUCUAAGUCAGAGAGAGAGAGGGAGAGAGAGAAAGAGAGGGAGAGACAGAGGGAUGGUACCUGUGAGUAGGACUUGAUAAGGAGAGAGAGAGAAAGAGCAGUACAGCUAUUACUCAUUUUGCAUCACACCUUAUCUCAGGAAAGUUGGGUGUUUGUAUUAGGACUG